AUGACAGAACCACUCGAGCAUGACUUCUCGUACCUCGACCAAGAGGGAGGUUAUCAGUGGAACGAAAGUGGUCCCCCGUUCUCCUGCAUUUUCGCUGACCACUGGUCCCCUGCUGUGGAUGACUUUCCUUAUGGCGCUUUUUUCAAAUCCCCCUCCGCCCCCCUCACCCCUGACCCUGCGGCUUCCGCUUCACUCGGAGCUUUCUUUGAGAUCACCGAUGGCCAAUACGAGAAAGACUUCGCGGUUGAGGGCACUGCUGCCGCUGAUACUCCGGGCCUUGAUCUCCACGACGGGAUGUCUGAUAUCACCUCUACAAUCAUCUCCACUGCGGAAGAAGAGCAAGGACCGACCCCUGGCCCAGAUGAUAGCCUCCGGAUUCCUACAUCCUAUGGCAAAGUCUCUAUGGGCGUCAAAUCGAGCCGUGGUAGCCCACUAAAGUGUAAAUGGAAGCACUGCGAAUACUCAGGUGGAUUCUCUCAAAUGGGGGCCCUACUACGCCACAUCAAAACAAAGCACAUCUCGCCGGGCUUAUAUGAAUGCCCCGAGGGAGAAUGCCGCAAGUCGUUCAAUCGAAAGGAUAAUUUGACUGCGCAUAUCCGGAAUGUUCAUCGUGCAAGCGUUUGA